CAACAUUUGUAAGACUCUGUCAGUCGGCCCUGCAGGUUGUCGUCGCUUCCAAGAGCAUGAUACCUAAUAUAAUCAGAUAAUCUAGGAGACAUACACAAAGGGCUUUCCUGCAGCGCGUAUAUAGCUGAUCUUUACCAUUUGAAUGUAGAGAUCACCCUUCCUUGUUAUCUGAUAAUGACAUCCUACUUCCUUCGACUAGCAGUUGCGGGGUCGGUAUCACAUGGGAUUGCUAUACUCUGCACCAUCUUCAGGCUUGUUUACAGAGCUUGGACGCGUCACUUAUGGUGGGAAGAUGCGUGGGCUGCAUUGGCACUCAUCUCAGACACUGUUUGCCUGAUGUGGAUCUGGAUCCAUACCCCCGUACAUUUUCCGGCCUGGACCUUCGGAGUGGUCUUUGCCUCCGUCGUGUGGGCUGCACGCAUGAGCAUCAUUUUUUCCAUCAUCCGAAUUGCCCACCCCUCAUGUUCCAAGAUUCAUAAGUGGAUCACCUAUUUCAUCGCAGUGUCCUUCGCGUGCAUGUGGGCUGCGAUGCUUGUACAGAAGGUCAAGACGUGCAUCUACGCGUGCCAGAUGACCCAGUCGGUAGCGGUCUCGCAAAUGAUCACGGACGUAAUCGCGGAUGUUUCCCUCAUUGUCGUACCGGUGCAGUUAUGGAAAAAUGUAGGGCUCUCGCGUAACGGGAAAAUAUUGAUCCUCGCCUCAUUCGGCGCAUCACUUCUAAUCACUGUCAUCGCAAUCCCUCACUCGAUAAUGCUCUUCCAGUCCACCACAGAAGCUACGCUCAUUAUUGCACACGUCAAGGCCGCCCUUAGUCUCGUCAUCUGCAACGUCCUGGUGAUCAUCACCUUGGCAUAUCGUGUUUGCUGGAAGGAAACCAUCGAUCCCGGACAGACAUUCGAAUCUCCCGCAAUCUUCUCGAGCAUCGUCGGGACACAGUUCCCCUUCAGCACGAUGUCCAUGGCAUCACUCUCCGCACAAGAGGAGACAACUUCAAGUAGAUAACGUUGGUGCAGAUUAAGCAAGCGGAAGAUGAAAGACGCAAGUGCACUUUGUGCCCAACACAACAGGGGUGUUUUAUGUGUUAUAUAUAUGGUCUUAAGCAUGUCG